AUGGAAGAGGUCGACCGUAUUCUCAUCCAAAGUCUUCAAGCACUUGGCUGUCAAAUUGAUGAUACUGUACAAAGUUUAACUGAAUUUGAUGUAAACACGUUAUUUUGUUGUGUGUCAAAAUGUAUCUCGUUAAUUACUAAUAAAACUGAUUUGCCUCUCCGUUUACCACCAAAUAUUUCAACAAGAUUCAAAAUAUGCGGUGAAUUAGCACAGCUCUGUCAGUCAGUUGGCUAUAAAGGAGAUAUUGGUUACCAAACAUUUUUAAGUGUCAACGAAAAUGAAGCAAGAAGGUUAUUAAAUUUCUUAAUCGAAAGUGUUCCAAGAGAAAUAUCAACUGUUGUGACUAGUUCUACAACAUUGGAUCCAUGGGAAUUAUUAGAGAAAGAAUUAUCGGCAAAACUAACAGUACAAUUAACAAAUCAGACGUGGAUUCCUCAUGAUUUGAUAGAUUUUUCAGCUGUUACUUUUAGUCAUCCAGCUUCAACAGUCGCACAUAAAUUUGUGAAUAAACUUUUAUCAUCAUCUCAAUCAUACGUGUUUGAACAAGUGAAUUUUCAAGAUUUAGCCGAUUCAUUAUUUUAUGAAAAUCAAGUUGCAUGUGAAAUUGAUAGACGAAAAGAGUCGAAUUAUUUGAUUCCCGGACGAUCGUUUACAAAUAAACUAUCUGCUGCUAUCAUCGAGAAAAUUCAAACAAUCGAAAAAAACGAUAUGGAGAGUGAAAACCGAAAUAUGUUGUUGAAUAACAAAUUGAAUAAUAAUAAUGACGAUUUAGUAUCAAGAUCACGUUUUAUGCAUGCUGAUAAAAUAAAACAAGAAAAUACUGGAACGAAUCACAUUAACGGAGUAGUUUUACCAACAAAGCUUAUUGAUCAUAAGGAAGAAAUUGAUUCAUUGAAGUUGGCAAUAAGCGAGAAUGAUGAUAUAAUUAGUCAGAUUGAAUUACAGCUGAAGAAAUUACUCAAGGAUACAAACAAGUAUGAACAAUUUAAAAUCACGACAAAGGCUGAUAUCGAGAAUUUAAGUAAAGAAAUUGUAUUAAAGAAACAAGCUACAGAGUAUAUAUUAUCGAUUAAUCCAGAAACAGAGCGACUACAGAAUGCGAUUGAAAAAUUAAAAGUGAAACUAACGACACUCGAGAGUCAAUGGAAUGAUAUUAGACAAACAUUAGCUGAGCAAAAAGAUACUAUUAAUAAGUCAUUAAGCGAUCGUUUGUCACAAACUAAUGAGAAACUUCAAAUGAUUAAUGACAUGAAACAGAAAGGUCGUUUACUUAUGACUGAUAUUAAAGAUAAAGGUGAGAUAUUCCAACGUUUGAAUGGUGAAUAUGAACAACAAAAAACAAAAUUAAAAAAUAAACAAGAUAAUAAUCGACAAUUUUUUACAAAACAAAUACUAGAAAUUGUCGCAAAUACAACAAAACAAAAAGAAGAAAUCAAUAAGACCAUUAUUGAAACGCGAGUAUUGCAAAAAGAUUUAAAUCGUUUAACAGAGAAACUAGAGCGAACAUUUCAAGUUACGGAUACAAGAUUAUUCAAAGAUGCAAAAGUGGACGAAUGUGCUCGUCGUUCUUACAAAAUGUUGAUAACGUUACAUUGUGAUUGUGAUUUUGUUUAUAAAAUUGUUGAGGAGAUUGGAGUAAUUAUUCGUGAAAUACGUGAAUUAGAAGAUCAAAUUGAAGUUGAAGCACAGAAAAAUAUGUCAACUAAUUUAGAAACAUUAUUAAAUGAAUAUAAAAAGAUUAAAGGUGAAAAUAUGGCAUUGAAAUCAAAAGUCGGAAAUUCAAAAUAG